AUGGCUGAGCAGUUGUUGCAAAAGGCAGCUAAGAAAUGGUGGGAUGGCAUUUGUCCAAUUGAGGAUAGGUUUAUGACUUGGGAUGAAUUUAAGGAGCAAUUCUUCAAGUACUAUGUUCCAACUGCUUUGAGAGCUGAAAAAGAGGAGGCUGAUGCCUUCCCAAACUUAAUUCGAGGUAAUUUAAAACUUAAUAGGCAUAACUUUAUUACUUUAUUUGAUGCUAGGGCAACCCAUUCUUUUGUAUCACAUGAUUAUGUGGAGAAAUUUAACUUGAAUGUGUAUGAUCUACCUUAUAGUGUAAGAGUUUCUACAUCAUCUGGUAUUGUUGUUGUGACAUCAAAAUCUUGUUUGAAUUGUGUGGUAGAGUUUGAGAAUAGAACUUCUACCAUGGAUCUGAUUUAUCUUCCCAUGAAGGGUAUUGAUCUGAUUGUUGGAAUGGAUUGGCUUUCAACGAAUAAUGCCAUUUUAGAUUGUAAAAAGACAAUCAUGUCCCUGCCUGUGUUCAUUGCUUCAAUGGUUACAUCUGGUAAACCCCAAUUAUUGUCGGCUGCUCAGGUGGAUAUGUGUAUUAGAAAAAGGUGUCAAGCGUUUGCUAUUUUCUUUUAUAUCAGUAUGGAUAUAGAAGAAGGGCUAGAAUUCAUUGACGUGGUACAAGAGUUCCCAAAUGUUUUUCCUAAGGAUAUAAUUAGCUUGCCACCAAAAUGGGAAGUAGAGUUCUUUAUUGACUUAGCACUUGAGACAGAGCCUAUCUCUAAGGCUCCUUAUCGAAUGUCACCCUCAGAGUUGGUUGAGUUGAAAAAGCAGAUUGAGGAGUUAAUGGAGAAAGGAUUCAUCAGACUGAGUGUGUCUCCUUGA